AUGUCGAUUGGAUAGACGUGGCUCGGCAGGAGAAAGUGUAACCUGAAUGACCCUACAACAAUCAGGUGGAAGUGAAAACUUGUACGACGUUCGCUUCAUUAUUAGGACAUCCCGUUAAUGUUGGACGGUGUGGCUACAUGGGGGAGUCUGAAGUAACCACAUAUAGGGGUCGCAGGACAUUUAUAAACCCAGGCAGUAGCUAUAGGACCCACACCAGUAUUUGGUCAAAACACGUGGACUUCAGGGCUGUGUGGGAUACGAUAACACGGCACCACUGGAAAUGGCUUUGUUUGGGAUGAUUCUCACUGUAUCGGCAAUCAGAGUGAUUUCAGGGGUAAACACUAAUCUCCAGGACCAAUUAGUCCGGGACCUGUUCGCUAGUUACGAUCGUGACGUCAGACCCCAGUGUGAACACAACGACAAGGUUAAUGCUACGGCGGACAUGAGUCUAAGACAGAUCAUUGACCUUGAUGAACCAAAACAAAUUCUAAAAUUGAACGUCUGGAUUAGGACGAGAUGGACGGACUGUCGACUAACCUGGGAUCCGGCCAAUUACAGCAACAUAGACCACAUCGUUCUCCCCUACGCCCGUCUAUGGGUACCCGACCUCGUUCUGUACGAUAACGCGGAGUCAACCCUGUCUGGGAUCAAAGACUUCCGAGCCGGCCUGACGUACACGGGACAUAUUUCCUAUAACUUCCCUUCCAUCCUCAACAGUUUGUGUGCUAUCAACGUUCGGUACUUCCCGUUCGAUACCCAGACAUGUCCUCUGAUAUUCGGUUCUUGGGCCUACAAUGGACUAGAACUAGAUAUCUCGAACGCCUCCUCCCACACUGGUCUGGCCAGUUUUGUCCGGAGUAUUGAAUGGGAAGUAAUUGACGCACCAAUCAAGUACAGCCAGGACUGGUAUGGCGACACGUAUUGGUCAACUGUGACGUUCACAUUCAAUCUGGAACGUAAACCUCUGUUUUACAUUAUGAACAUUCUUUGUCCCUGUUUGCUGAUCACGUGUGUGGCGGUCUUUGGCUUCAUGCUGCCCCCAGACUCUGGCGAAAAGGUCAACCUCGAGAUAACCGUCCUUUUGUCUCUGGCCGUGUUCCAACUCAUUGUCCUGGAGACCAUACCCCCGUCCGGAGACAGCACGCCGUUCCUUGGUUUGUAUUUUAUGGUAUCGAUGGCGCUGGUUGGCACGUCUUGCCUUCUCACAGUAUUCGUGCUACAGGUACACUACAAGGGUAACAAUGGCACACGAAUGCCCGGAUGGGUUAAGCGUUGCAUCAUGGGACCGCUGUCCCGUAUCACCUGCGUUAAGAUAACUGAUGACGACAGCAAAAGCUACACUGUGUCAGAAGGAAACAACACUGGACUCAUCAUUCCAAAUGGUUCUCUGCAGUGCGAACAGUUCGAAAAAGUGAAUUACAGCAAAACUCAGGACAAUGCAAAGACGCAGCCUACCGCCCCUGCUACGGAUGGAAAACAGCUUAUCUAUCCUCUCCACUCAGUACUCAAGGGCAUUUCUGACAGACUGGAAUACUUCCGGCGUCACAUAGAAUCUCAGCAAAAUGAGGCGACUGUGGACAAAGAUUGGAGCCUACUGGCCGUCAUGAUGGAUCGUGUUUUCAUGGUUGUGUACAUUGUAAUAGUCGUUACGGUGGCGCUGUCUAUGAUACUUCCGGUUGUCCUAAGGAACCGCUCUUUCCACACAGAAUGACGGAUACUACUAGCUAUUUUGCUCAGAACUCAGGCUUUUUUUAUUCGAAUAACAUUAACAUUAAAAUCAGUAGCUUCCAAAAAAAAAUAACUAAAUGUCCCCGCCAUUUAUUUGGUCACCUGAGCCACGCAAACACUAAACAUUUGUUGAAUUGCAGAAUCCAGCACUGCAGUUCGGAAUAAUUAAAUGAAUAAACAAUAGCAUUGAUAAUAAUGAGCAAUAAAGCUUCAAACAAAUGCACUUAACGGUUUAUUACGUCGAUUCUAAGUAUUAAGGUCUCUAAAUCAAUCCCUCAUUUGGCUUUAUUGUAAAGAAAUAACUAAGUAGUUGUGUGAUUGCGUUUAAUGUAAACUAUUUCAUGUGUGUAGUAAUACGAUAUCAUUAGAAUGCAGUCUUUAAUUUGUGUAAUAGCAUUAUUAUCAGAGCGCAAAGAUAUUUGACAUGAAUUUUAUUGAUAAACGAAAUGUCUUUUUUUUUCAAUGCGAUGAAACACUACCAGUGUUGUGUAUAUUCUUAUAUUGUAUGUAUUCCGUCUUUGCGUAUUGCAGAGUUAUCUUCUCUUGGGAGCAGGUAUUGAUUGUAACGUC